AUGCAAGAAUCAAAUAAUUCAACUCGAUUACUUUAUGAAUCUCCACCAGGAUCACUAUCAAUGUUCAAUGAUUUUCUAGAACUUGAUUCUUCUACCGAGUUUAUUGACUCACAUCAUCCAACAACAGAAUCAAGGGACAUUUUCUCAUCACAAGAAUUAGAUAAUCUAUUCGCAUCGCUGACCAAAGCAGCGGCUGGAUGUGGAACAAGUGAUUGUUGUGUUGAUGAUUUACAGGAACGAGAGUUUCAAGAUGAUGACGGAAUUUGUGCUCUUUUGUCGGACAUAAAUAAAAGAGAAGAGAUGGAGAAUUUAGAUAAAUUAGCAGAUACUUUUGAUUCUAUCGCGAUAGUUUAA